AAAACUCAAGGUCUAGUGGCAACACACCAUUGGCGCAGACCUAUCUCGUCUCAGUCAUCAGAGCAUUGAACAUGAACAAGCUGAUUCUCCUGUCGUUUUUGUUUGCAAUAUGUAUUGCAAUUACAUAUGCAAGCGAACACCAUCGUGGAAGAAGUCACCGCCGGGAAAGCAGAAGCGUUGUCCACCUUCGUCACGGUCACCGUCACCACCGCAGUGACCAUCGUCACGGCCACCGUCACCAUCGCACUGAACAUGGACGUCGUCGCUACAGUCGCAGUGAACAUCGGCGUCAUAGUUCAGGUGGACACCGUCAUCGCCGCGAAGGUUAUGGCCUUAAACGAAGGUCUCCAGAAGUCCACCACCACCGCCGUUCAGUCUCCAGGAGAAUUUCCUAUGACACUACCACCAGCAGCCCGGAACACAUCCAUCAUCAUUACUUCGAAAAGGACGACGAGGACACCAAGAAAGACGUCGUGGAAAACACAGAAAGCAGCGACAGCAGCUUCAGUAGCAGCGAAGAGACCAUUAUCCAUCACCAUCACCACUCCCUGCCAAAGUCUUACUCUUCAUCGGAUUCCGGCAGCUCAGACAGCUCCGGCUGCGGCGGAUCUUCAGAGUCUUCUGAUACGUCAUCAGAGGAUUUCCCCGUCCCGAUCCCUAUCCCCAUCCUCAAAGGCGGCGGUAGUGGAGGCAGUCACAGCAACUACCUUCCUAUCGUUCUGACCACAGCUGGCUAGGCACGACAAUGAUUGACUGGCCUCUAAGUCCACGUACGUCUUCCUUUAUACACCUAUUUUGUCUUUCUAAGCCAUUAAUACAUUUUCUUGCAAUUUUGUGAAACUAAAAUAAAACAUUGAAACGAGAAUUAUCAUAUCUGACGACCAUAACGUUACAGUUCAGGUCAGUAUUUCUAUUCACACUUGAACAUGUACGCACAUGUUGUCCAUGCACGAUUGUUUCGACAAAUGUUAAAAGUUAUUGAGGUUGCAUAUGUGUGCGUUUUAGCAGCUAUCUUAAAUACGUAUUUGUCUUAAGUAUUCCCAGGAGCGCAGAAGACACAGAUGUCUACGCCACCGCUUUUCCCUGAGCGGAUUUACAACCUUCGGCAGCUUGGAGCCGAAAUCAUUUUACACCUCCCUAUACUAACUUGCACAAGGUGGUAUCAGUAGUAUUAUAAAAAUAUUGUCCCAAAUGCACUCUGUAAGGUUACGGCCUUUGUCUGAAUAAUGAAAAUAAUAUGAAUUAAUUGGAUGCAGUCAGAUUAACGUUGAAAGAUGGCACUGGAAAAGUAUUUUGGUAAUGUUUUUCUGCAGGUAUCGUAUUAUUGUCAGCAAAAAUAUUUUAAUUGUUAUUUACUGUAUGUUUGUAUGAUGCCACCUGGACAUUGUAUAUUGCAUUUCAUUUUAUACUUUUCAGUAAAAUUGUCUUCCCGUACAAUUAUAGUAUUUAGUAUUUUUUGUUUUGCAUGUACCUUCUUUUACACAUUAGUCAAUUCAUCAGAAUGAAGACGUAAUAAAUAUUCUAAAAUUU